UACAUAUAUGUCUGGUUGUCUGGGGUAGGACGCUGAUGUGGCGAAGUUCCUCACACGGCAGGUCUAAUAGCGAAAAUAAAGCUCUGUAGGAGGUUCUCUCAGACCAGGAGAUGUCGGACGGUGGAGGAGACGACAGUGGAGGUACUAUGGAGGUUUCUGCUGCAGUGCAGACGGUUGCUGAUACCUCAGUUCUGCAGAAACACAUCCGCAAACUGGUGCCGCUGCUGUUAGAAGAUGGCGGCGAUGUUCCGGCCUCACUGGAAACCGCCCUGGAGGAGAAAAGCUCCGUGGAGCAGAUGAGGAAAUUCCUGUCAGAUCCUCAAGUUCACACCAUUCUGGUGGAGCGGAGCUCUCUGAAAGAGGAUGUUGGAGAUGAAGGAGAGGAGGAGAAGGAGUGUAUUUCCUACAACAUUAAUAUUGAUAUCCAUUAUGGCAUCAAGUCCAACAGUCUCGCGUUCAUUAAGAGGACUGGAGUCAUCGAUGCUGAUAAACCCAUUUCAACACAAGUUCGGGUUCUGACUCUAAGUGAAGAUUCUCCAUAUGAGACCUUGCACUCUUUCAUCUGUAACGCUGUCGCUCCCUUCUUCAAGUCUUACAUCCGCGAGUCGGGUAAAGCUGACAGGGAUGGAGAUAAGAUGGCUCCUUCUGUGGAGAAGAAGAUUGCAGAGCUUGAAAUGGGUCUGUUACACCUUCAGCAGAACAUUGAGAUUCCAGAGAUCAGCCUUCUGAUCCAUCCCACCAUUUCGAACAUUGCAAAGCAGUGCUAUGAACGAGGAGAAAAGCCCAAGGUUACUGACUUUGGAGAUAAAGUGGAGGAUCCCACGUUCCUGAACCAGCUUCAGUCAGGGGUUAAUCGCUGGAUUCGCGAAAUUCAGAAGGUGACUAAACUGGAUCGAGACCCUGCCUCAGGAACGGCCCUGCAGGAGAUCAGCUUUUGGCUGAACCUUGAGCGUGCCCUCAAUCGCAUCCAGGAGAAGAGAGAGUCUCCAGAAGUGCUGCUCACCUUGGACAUUCUUAAACACGGCAAACGUUUCCAUGCUACUGUCAGCUUCGACACGGACACUGGUCUGAAGCAGGCUGUGGAGACGGUGAAUGAUUAUAACCCUCUGAUGAAGGACUUCCCACUCAAUGACCUGCUCUCAGCCACUGAGCUGGAUAAGAUUCGUCAGGCUCUGGUUGCCAUUUUUACGCAUCUUCGUAAGAUCCGAAACACGAAGUAUCCUAUUCAGCGUGCCCUGCGCCUGGUUGAGGCCAUCUCCCGUGACCUCAGUGCGCAGCUCCUGAAAGUUCUGGGGACUCGGAAACUCAUGCAUGUGGCUUAUGAAGAAUUUGAGAAGGUGAUGGUCGCUUGUUUCGAGGUUUUCCAGACCUGGGAAGAUGAGUAUGAAAAACUUCAGGUUCUUCUUCGAGAUAUUGUUAAGAGGAAGCGGGAAGAGAAUCUGAAGAUGGUGUGGCGUCUCAGUCCUGCUCAUCGCAAACUGCAGUCUCGCUUGGAUCACAUGAGGCGUUUCAGGAGACAGCAUGAGCAGCUGAGAGCUGUAAUCGUCCGUGUACUGAGACCUCAGGUGUCUGCUGUCCCACAGCAUGGCCAGAGUGAAGCUGUAGAACCUCCUGAUAUGAAAGUGGCAGAAGUUCUCUUUGACGCUGCAGAUGCUAAUGCUAUUGAGGAGGUGAACUUGGCUUAUGAAAAUGUAAAGGAGGUUGAUGGAUUGGACGUCUCGAAGGAGGGGAUGGAGGCCUGGGAAGCUGCGAUGAAGCGUUACGACGAGCGCAUCGAUCGCGUCGAGACCCGCAUCACCGCUCGUCUUCGUGACCAGCUGGGCACCGCUAAGAACGCUAACGAGAUGUUCCGCAUCUUCUCCCGCUUCAAUGCUCUCUUCGUGCGUCCACACAUCCGAGGAGCCAUACGAGAAUAUCAGACCCAACUGAUCCAGCGUGUGAAGGACGACAUCGAGUCGUUGCAUGACAAGUUUAAAGUGCAGUACCCACAAAGCCAGUCCUGUAAGAUGAGUCACGUGCGCGACCUGCCCCCCGUUUCAGGGUCCAUCAUCUGGGCCAAGCAGAUUGACCGGCAGCUGACCGCGUACAUGAAACGUGUGGAGGACGUUCUGGGUAAGGGUUGGGAGAACCACGUGGAGGGGCUGAAGCUGAAGCAGGAUGGAGACAGCUUCCGUGCCAAACUCAACACCCAGGAGAUCUUCGAUGACUGGGCUCGUAAAGUACAGCAGCGCAACCUCGGCGUCUCGGGACGCAUCUUCACCAUAGAGAGCAGCCGUGCCCGCGGGCGCACCGGCACCGUCCUGAAGCUGAAGGUGAACUUCUUACCCGAGAUCAUCACUCUGUCUAAAGAGGUCCGGAACCUGAAGUGGCUCAGCUUCCGCGUCCCCCUGGCCAUCGUCAACAAAGCUCACCAAGCCAACCAGCUGUACCCGUUCGCCAUCUCCCUCAUCGAGAGUGUGCGUACCUACGAGCGCACCUGUGAAAAGGUGGAGGAGAGGAUCUCUAUCGCCCCCCUGGUGGCGGGUUUGAAGAGAGAAGUUCAAGCCCUGGUUACUGAGGGAAUUGCUCUGGUAUGGGAGUCGUACAAACUCGACCCCUACGUUCAGCGUCUGGCAGAAACUGUCUUCAAUUUCCAAGAGAAGGUCGACGAUCUUCUGUUGAUUGAAGAGAAAAUUGACUUGGAGGUCCGCUCUCUUGAGACUUGCAUGUACGAUCAUAAGACCUUCUCAGAGAUCCUCAGCCGUGUUCAGAAGGCUGUCGAUGACCUCAAUCUGCACUCCUACUCCAACUUGCCCAUUUGGGUGAACAAACUGGACAUUGAGAUCGAACGGAUUUUGGGAGUUCGUCUGCAGGCUGGUUUAAGGGCGUGGACACAGGUACUUAGAGGUCAAAUGGAGGACAAAGCUGAUGUGGACAUGGACACUGAAGCUCCACAAGUCAGCCAUAAGCCUGGUGGAGAACCAAAGAUCAAGAAUGUGGUCCAUGAGCUCAGGAUUACAAACCAGGUCAUAUACCUGAACCCUCCUAUUGAAGACUGUCGUUAUAAACUCUACCAAGAGAUGUUUGCCUGGAAGAUGGUCAUUCUGUCUCUACCAAGGAUCCAGAGUCAAAGAUACCAGGUUGGUGUCCACAUUGAGUUGUCUGAGGAGGAGAAGUUCUACAGGAAUGCUUUGACCAGAAUGCCUGAUGGCCCAGCAGCUCUGGAAGAGGCCUACAAUGCUGUCAAAGGAAAUGUCUCUGAGGUGGAGCAGUAUGUGAAGGUUUGGCUGCAGUACCAGUGUUUGUGGGAUAUGCAGCCUGAGAACAUCUAUAACCGUCUAGGAGAAGACCUGAAUAAGUGGCAGGCGUUAUUGGUGCAGAUCCGGAAAGCUAGAGGAACCUUCGACAACGCUGAAACCAGGAAGGAGUUUGGCCCUGUGAUCAUUGACUAUGGAAAAGUCCAGUCGAAGGUCAACCUGAAGUAUGACUCCUGGCAUAAGGAGGUUCUCAGUAAGUUUGGACAGAUGUUGGGCCAAAACAUGCAGGACUUCCACUCCCAGAUUUCCAAGUCACGUCAGGAGCUCGAGCAGCAUUCGGUGGACACGGCCAGCACUUCUGAUGCUGUAACUUUCAUUACUUAUGUUCAAGCCCUCAAGCGGAAAAUCAAGCAGUUUGAAAAGCAAGUUGAUCUGUUCCGCAACGGGCAGCGUCUCCUGGAGAAACAGCGCUUCCAGUUUCCUCCGUCUUGGCUGUACAUCGAUAACAUCGAAGGAGAAUGGGGAGCUUUCAGUGAUAUCAUGAAACGUAAGGAUACUGCCAUCCAGCAGCAGGUGGCUAACUUACAGAUGAAGAUCGUCCAGGAAGACCGUGCUGUAGAGAACCGCACCUCAGAUCUACUCACAGACUGGGAGAAGACCAAACCAGUAGCUGGCAACCUUCGUCCAGAAGAAGCCCUACAGUCCCUCACCAUCUAUGAAGGCAAGUUUGGGCGACUGAAGGACGACAGGGAGAAGUGUGCGAAGGCGAAGGAGGCGCUGGAGUUAACAGACACUGGCCUUCUGAGUGGCAGUGAGGAGAGAGUGCAGGUUGCACUGGAGGAGUUGCAGGACCUGAAGGGUGUGUGGUCAGAGCUCUCCAAGGUCUGGGAGCAAAUUGAUCAAAUGAAGGAACAACCAUGGGUGUCUGUGCAACCACGCAAGCUGCGUCAAAGCUUGGAUGGUCUUCUGAACCAGCUGAAGAACUUCCCAGCACGUCUCAGACAGUAUGCUUCUUAUGAAUAUGUUCAGAGGCUCCUCAAAGGCUACAUGAAGGUGAACAUGUUGGUGAUCGAGCUGAAAUCAGAAGCUCUUAAAGACCGUCACUGGAAGCAGCUGAUGAAGCGUCUGCAUGUUAACUGGGUUCUGUCUGAGUUAACCCUGGGGCAGAUCUGGGACGUGGACUUGCAGAAGAAUGAAAUGGUGGUGAAGGACGUACUGUUGGUGGCACAGGGAGAAAUGGCUCUUGAAGAGUUCCUCAAACAGAUUCGGGAAGUCUGGAAUUCCUAUGAGCUUGACCUGGUUAACUACCAAAACAAGUGUCGUCUGAUUCGGGGAUGGGAUGAUCUCUUCAACAAAGUCAAGGAGCAUAUCAACAGCGUGUCUGCCAUGAAGCUGUCUCCAUACUACAAGGUGUUUGAAGAAGAUGCUCUGAGCUGGGAAGAUAAGCUGAACCGCAUCAUGGCUCUGUUUGAUGUCUGGAUAGACGUGCAGAGACGUUGGGUUUACCUGGAGGGCAUUUUCACCGGCAGUGCAGACAUCAAACAUCUUCUUCCUGUGGAGACCCAGAGGUUCCAGAGCAUUAGCACAGAGUUCCUGGCUCUGAUGAAGAAGGUCACCAAGUCUCCACUGGUAAUGGAUGUCCUUAACAUCCAGGGUGUUCAGAGAUCACUCGAGAGGCUGGCAGACCUUCUGGGAAAGAUCCAGAAGGCUCUAGGAGAAUAUCUGGAACGAGAACGCUCGUCCUUCCCCAGGUUUUAUUUUGUUGGAGAUGAGGAUCUUCUUGAGAUUAUUGGCAACAGCAAGAAUGUGGCCAAACUGCAGAAGCACUUCAAAAAGAUGUUUGCUGGAGUGGCCAGUAUUCUGCUGAAUGAAGAUAACACUGAGGUCCUGGGGAUCUCCUCUCGAGAGGGAGAGGAGGUUUUCUAUAAGACCCCUGUGUCCAUCACUGAUCACCCGAAGAUUAAUGAGUGGCUGACGCUGGUCGAGAAGGAAAUGAGGGUCACUCUGGCCAAGCUGUUGGCUGAAUCAGUAACGGAGGUGGGAGCGUUUAACAAGGGCACCGCCAUCGAUCUGAGCACCUACAUCAACUGGAUCGACAGAUACCAGGCGCAGCUGGUGGUUCUGUCCACUCAGAUUGACUGGUCUGAGAAUGUGGAGAACGCACUGGUAACCAUUGCAGGUGGAGACAACAUGGCUCCUCUACAGGCUGUGCUGACUAAUGUGGAAGCCACCCUGAACCUGCUGGCUGACACGGUGCUGAUGGAGCAGCCUCCUAUUCGCCGCAAGAAGCUGGAGCACCUGAUCACUGAGCUCGUGCACCAAAGGGACGUGACCAGAACCCUCAUCAAGAACAAGAUCGAUAACUCCAAGUCCUUCGAGUGGCUGAGCCAGAUGCGCUUCUACUUUGACCCCAAGCAGACUGAUGUGCUGCAGCAGCUCUCCAUUCAGAUGGCCAAUGCCAAAUUCAACUAUGGCUUUGAGUACCUGGGUGUGCAGGAGAAGCUGGUGCAGACCCCUCUGACAGACAGGUGCUACCUCACCAUGACUCAGGCUCUGGAGGCUCGUUUGGGAGGAUCUCCUUUCGGUCCUGCAGGCACAGGGAAGACCGAGUCCGUCAAGGCUCUUGGCCACCAACUUGGACGCUUUGUCCUGGUCUUCAACUGUGAUGAGACCUUUGAUUUCCAGGCCAUGGGGCGUAUCUUUGUAGGAUUGUGUCAGGUUGGUGCCUGGGGCUGCUUUGAUGAGUUUAACAGACUGGAGGAGAGGAUGCUGUCGGCCGUUUCUCAGCAGGUUCAGUACAUUCAGGUGGCCCUGAGGGAGCACAGCAACCCCAACCGUGACCGCAGUGCUCAAGUCACCACUGAGCUGCUGAACAAACAAGUGAAGGUGAGCCCUGAGAUGGCCAUCUUUAUAACCAUGAACCCCGGCUAUGCUGGUCGCUCCAACCUGCCUGACAACCUGAAGAAGCUUUUCCGCAGUCUAGCAAUGACCAAACCCGACCGCCAGCUCAUCGCUCAGGUCAUGCUCUACUCACAGGGUUUCCGCACCGCCGAGACUCUCGCCAAGAAGAUCGUUCCCUUUUUCAAGCUGUGCGAUGAGCAGCUCUCCUCACAGUCUCAUUAUGACUUCGGCUUGCGAGCGCUGAAGAGCGUUCUAAUCAGUGCUGGAAACGUGAAGAGAGAGCGCAUCCAGAGGAUCAAACGAGAGAAGCGUGAGCGUGGUGAGGAUGUGGAUGAGAAUGAGAUCGCAGAGAACCUUCCUGAGCAGGAGAUCCUGAUUCAGAGUGUGUGUGAGACCAUGGUGCCAAAGCUGGUGGCCGAGGACAUCCCUCUGCUCUUCAGCCUGCUCUCGGAUGUGUUCCCGGGUGUGCAGUACAUGCGUGGAGAGAUGACUGCUCUCAGGGAGGAGCUCAAGAAGGUCUGCUCGGAGAUGUAUCUCACGUAUGGAGAUGGGGAUGAUGUUGGCAGCAUGUGGGUGGAGAAGGUUCUCCAGCUCUACCAGAUCACCCAGAUCAAUCAUGGCCUGAUGAUGGUGGGUCCAUCAGGCAGUGGAAAGACGAUGGCUUGGCGUGUGCUGCUUAAAGCUUUGGAGAGGUUGGAGGGUGUUGAGGGAGUGGCACACAUUAUUGAUCCCAAAGCCAUAAGUAAAGACCACCUGUAUGGGACCCUGGACCCCAACACCCGCGAAUGGACAGAUGGACUGUUCACACACGUGCUCAGAAAAAUCAUUGAUAACGUUCGUGGGGAGUUGCAGAAAAGACAGUGGAUCAUUUUUGAUGGUGAUGUCGAUCCUGAGUGGGUGGAGAAUCUCAACUCUGUGCUGGAUGACAACAAGCUGUUGACGCUGCCCAACGGAGAACGUCUCAGCCUGCCUCCCAACGUGCGCGUGAUGUUUGAGGUCCAGGACCUGAAGUAUGCCACGCUGGCCACCGUGUCACGUUGUGGCAUGGUGUGGUUCAGUGAGGAUGUUCUCAGCACUGACAUGAUCUUCAGCAACUUCCUGUCCCGCCUGCGCAGCAUCGCCUUGGAUGAAGGUGAGGAUGAAGCUCAGCGCAUGCACAAAGGAACUGAGGAUGAAGGAGAGGAAGCCGCCUCCCCCAUGCUACAGAUCCAGAGGGACGCGUCAGCCGUUCUUCAGCCCUACUUCACUUCCACAGGGCUUGUGAUCAAGGCCCUUGAACACGCCUCCAAAAUGGAGCACAUAAUGGACUUUACGCGCCUGCGCUGCUUGGGUUCUCUCUUCUCCAUGAUGCACCAGGCCUGCCGUAACAUAGCCCUCUACAACAACAACCACCCCGACUUUCCAAUGCCUGUAGAGCAGCUGGAGAAGUACAUCCAGAAAUAUCUGAUCUACGCCGUACUCUGGUCCUUCUCUGGCGAUGGCAAACUGAAGAUGAGGGCGGAGCUUGGAGAAUACAUUCGUCGCAUCACCACUGUACCUCUUCCAUCUGCACCUAACGUCCCCAUCAUCGACUACGAGGUGUCCAUCACAGGUGAGUGGCAGUCCUGGCAAGGCAAGGUUCCUCAGAUUGAGGUGGAAACCCACAAGGUGGCUGCACCUGAUGUGGUGGUACCUACUCUGGACACUGUUCGUCAUGAGGCUCUGCUCUACACCUGGCUCGCAGAACACAAACCUCUGGUGCUGUGUGGGCCUCCUGGAUCAGGAAAAACCAUGACCCUGUUUAGUGCCCUGCGAGCUCUUCCUGACAUGGAGGUUGUGGGUUUGAACUUCUCCAGUGCCACAACCCCAGAGCUGCUCCUCAAGACCUUUGACCAUUACUGCGAGUAUCGCCGCACACCCAAUGGUGUUGUUCUCGCCCCGGUGCAGCUGGGCAAGUGGCUGGUGCUCUUCUGUGAUGAGAUCAAUCUGCCUGAUAUGGACAAGUAUAGCACACAGAGGGUCAUCUCCUUCAUCAGACAGAUGGUGGAACAUGGAGGCUUCUAUCGCACCUCUGAUCAGACCUGGGUGAAACUGGAGAGGAUCCAGUUUGUAGGAGCCUGUAAUCCUCCAACAGACCCUGGCAGAAAACCUCUUUCUCAUAGGUUCCUGCGUCAUGUUCCAGUGGUGUAUGUGGACUACCCAGGUCCUGCUUCUCUCACUCAGAUCUACGGUACCUUCAACAGGGCAAUGCUCCGUCUCAUUCCCUCACUGCGUACCUACGCUGAACCUCUCACUGCUGCCAUGGUGGAGUUCUACACCAUGUCUCAGGAGCGUUUCACACAGGACACCCAGCCCCACUAUAUCUACUCCCCCAGAGAGAUGACCCGCUGGGUGAGGGGGAUCUUUGAGGCGCUGCGGCCCCUGGAGACGCUGCCUGUGGAAGGACUGAUACGUGUUUGGGCCCAUGAGGCGCUACGUCUCUUCCAGGACAGGUUGGUGGAGGACGAGGAGCGGCGCUGGACCGAUGAGAACAUCGACAGUGUGGCUCUGAAGCACUUCCCUAACAUAAAUCGAGAGAAGGCCCUGAACCGCCCCAUUCUCUACAGCAACUGGCUCUCAAAGGACUACAUCCCAGUUGAGCAGGAGGAGCUGCGAGACUAUGUCAAGGCCCGUCUGAAGGUCUUCUAUGAGGAGGAGUUGGAUGUUCCUCUGGUGCUCUUCAAUGAGGUUCUGGACCAUGUGCUCAGAAUUGACAGAAUCUUCCGGCAGCCUCAGGGUCAUCUUCUCCUGAUUGGUGUCAGUGGUGCAGGAAAGACCACACUUUCACGUUUUGUAGCUUGGAUGAACGGUCUGAGUGUCUAUCAGAUCAAGGUCCAUAGAAAGUACACAGGUGAGGACUUUGAUGAGGACCUGAGAACUGUCCUUCGUAGGUCUGGAUGCAAAAAUGAGAAGAUUGCGUUUAUCAUGGAUGAAUCCAAUGUGCUGGACUCGGGCUUCCUGGAGCGCAUGAACACCCUGCUGGCCAACGGAGAAGUGCCUGGUCUGUUUGAAGGCGAUGAAUAUGCAACAUUAAUGACUCAGUGUAAGGAGGGGGCUCAGAAGGAGGGUCUGAUGCUGGACACUCAUGAGGAAUUGUAUAAAUGGUUCACUAGCCAGGUGAUCAGAAACCUGCAUGUGGUUUUCACCAUGAACCCUUCAUCUGAGGGUUUGAAGGACCGAGCUGCCACCUCUCCUGCUCUGUUCAACAGAUGUGUGUUGAACUGGUUUGGUGAUUGGUCCACUGAGGCUCUCUAUCAGGUGGGCAAAGAAUUCACCAGUAAGAUGGACCUGGAAAAGCCCAACUACAAAGUUCCUGACUACAUGCCCACUGUUUAUGACAAACUGCCCCAACCACCCACUCACCGUGAGGCGAUCGUCAACGGCUGUGUGUUUGUUCACCAGACUUUACACCAGGCUAAUAACCGUUUAGCAAAGCGUGGUGGUCGCACCAUGGCCAUCACUCCACGCCACUACCUGGACUUCAUCAACCACUACGCCAACCUGUUCAAUGAGAAACGCAGUGAGCUUGAGGAGCAGCAGAUGCAUCUUAAUGUUGGACUACGCAAAAUCAAAGAGACUGUGGAUCAGGUUGAGGAGCUACGCAGAGAUCUGAGGAUCAAGAGCCAAGAACUGGAGGUAAAGAAUGCUGCUGCCAACGACAAGCUGAAGAAGAUGGUGAAAGACCAACAAGAGGCUGAGAAGAAGAAGGUUAUGAGUCAGGAGAUCCAAGAAGCAGUUUAUAAACAACAGGAGGUUAUUAAGGACAAACAGUUAAGAGUGAAGCAAGACCUGGACCAGGUGGAGCCUGCUGUCAUUGAGGCUCAGAAUGCUGUCAGCUCUAUUAAGAAGCAGCAUCUUGUUGAAGUCCGUGCCAUGGCCAACCCACCUGCUGCUGUUAAACUGGCACUAGAGUCUAUCUGCCUCCUGCUGGGGGAGGAGACUAAUGACUGGAAAAAGAUCAGACAAGUUAUAAUCAGAGACAAUUUCAUCUCCAGCAUAGUGAACUUUGUCUCUGAGGACAUGAGUGAUGCUAUUCGUGAGAAGAUGAAAAAGAACUACAUGUCCAACCCCAGUUACAACUACGAGCAGGUCAACAGAGCCUCGCUGGCAUGCGGGCCGAUGGUCAAAUGGGCCAUCGCACAGUUGAAUUAUGCAGACAUGUUGAAACGUGUGGAGCCUCUCAGGAAUGAACUGCAGAAGCUUGAGGAUGAUGCCACGGACAAUAAGACCAAAGCAGAAGAAGUGGAGCAGAUGAUUCGGGACCUAGAAGCCAGCAUUGCUCGCUAUAAGGAGGAGUAUGCGGUGCUCAUCUCUGAAGCUCAGGCCAUUAAAGCUGACCUGGCGGCAGUGGAGGCCAAGGUGAACCGUAGUACAGCACUUCUGAAGAGCCUGUCUGCUGAGCGAGACCGCUGGGAAAAGACCAGUGAGACCUUUAAGAACCAGAUGUCCACCAUAGCUGGUGACUGUCUGCUCUCAGCUGCCUUCAUUGCCUAUGCAGGCUACUUUGACCAGCAGAUGAGGCAAAAUCUCUUCACCACUUGGUCUCACCACCUUCAGCAGGCCAACAUCCAGUUCCGCACAGACAUCGCCAGGACGGAAUAUUUGUCGAAUGCGGAUGAGCGACUGCGCUGGCAGGCCAACUCUCUACCUGCUGAUGAUCUGUGCACUGAAAAUGCCAUCAUGCUCAAGAGGUUCAACAGGUAUCCACUGAUCAUCGAUCCUUCUGGCCAGGCCACGGAGUUCAUAAUGAACGAGUACAAGGAGCGCAAAAUCACACGUACCAGCUUCUUGGACGAUGCCUUCAGGAAGAACUUGGAGAGUGCACUGAGAUUUGGUAACCCUCUGCUUGUGCAGGAUGUGGAGAGCUACGACCCCAUCCUCAACCCUGUGCUCAACAGAGAAGUUCGCAGGACUGGUGGAAGAGUUCUCAUCACCCUAGGAGACCAGGAUAUUGACUUAUCUCCUUCCUUCGUCAUCUUCCUUUCAACCAGAGAUCCAACGGUGGAGUUCCCACCAGAUCUCUGCUCACGUGUUACCUUUGUAAACUUCACGGUGACCAGAAGCAGUCUGCAGAGUCAGUGUCUCAACGAGGUCCUGAAGGCUGAGCGUCCUGAUGUGGAUGAGAAGCGCUCUGACCUUCUCAAACUGCAGGGUGAGUUCCAGCUGCGUUUGCGUCAGUUGGAAAAGUCGCUGCUGCAGGCACUGAACGAGGUCAAGGGGCGAAUACUGGACGAUGACACCAUCAUCACUACACUUGAGAACCUGAAGAAGGAGGCUGCAGAGGUGACCAGGAAAGUGGAGGAGACCGAUAUCGUGAUGCAGGAAGUGGAAACUGUGUCACAGCAGUAUCUCUCACUGUCUUCUGCAUGCAGCAGCAUCUAUUUCACCAUGGAGGCUCUUAACCAGAUGCACUUCCUGUAUCAGUACUCGCUCCACUUGUUCUUGGACAUCUACCACACGGUGCUUUAUGAGAACGCUAACUUGAAGACUGUGAGUGAUCACACGCAGCGUCUGUCUCUCAUCACCAAGGACCUGUUCCAGGUUGCUUUUAACAGAGUGGCUCGAGGCAUGCUCCAUCAGGACCACAUCACUUUUGCCAUGCUGCUGGCCAGGAUCAACCUGAAAGGCAUCACCAGUGAACCAUCAUAUGACCCAGAGUUCCAGCACUUCCUCCGUGAGAAGGAGAUCGUCCUGACUGGUACAGCUGUACCUAAGGUGAAGGGGCUGAGCACGGAGCAGAGCGAGGCCAUGGUGCGUCUGAGCCGCUUACCUGCCUUCAAAGACCUGGUGGUUAAAGUUCAGGCUGAUGAGCAAUUCUUCAUGUGGGUGGAGAGUAACUCUCCUGAGCUCUCAGUGCCGUAUCUCUGGGAAGAGGACAAGACCACCACCCCCAUUGGCCAAGCCGUGCACCAGCUGCUGCUAAUUCGGGCGUUUCGUCCGGAUCGUCUGCUAGCCAUGUCUUCUAUCUUUGUGGCCAAAGUCUUGGGUGAGAACUUCAUGUCCAUUAUUGAACAGCCGCUGGACUUGGCCAACAUUGUGGAGAGUGAGGUGAAGCCAGGAACUCCGGUGCUCAUGUGCUCGGUGCCUGGGUAUGAUGCCAGUGGCCUGGUCAGAGACUUGGCCGCAGAGCAGAACAAACACAUUACCUCCAUCUCCAUUGGUUCUGCUGAGGGCUUCAACAAGGCUGACCGAGACAUUAACACUGCAGUGAAGUCUGGAAGAUGGGUGAUGUUGGAGAACGUCCACCUGGCACCUGGUUGGCUCAUGCAGCUGGAGAAGAAGCUUCACUCCAUGCAGCCUCACGCCAGCUUCCGCCUCUUCCUCACCAUGGAGAUCAACCCCAAGGUUCCAGUGAACUUGUUGCGUGCUGGUCGUAUCUUUGUCUUUGAGCCACCUCCUGGCAUGAAGGCCAACAUGCUGAGGACGUUCAGCAGUAUUCCAGUUGCUCGCAUGUGCAAGGCCCCGAACGAGCGAGCGCGUCUGUACUUUCUCCUCGCCUGGUUUCACGCAGUCAUCCAGGAACGUCUCCGAUAUGCUCCACUCGGAUGGUCCAAGAAGUACGAGUUUGGAGAGUCUGACCUGCGCUCGGCCUGUGACACCGUGGACACCUGGCUGGAUGACACCGCGAAGGGUCGUCAGAACAUCUCUCCUGAUAAGAUCCCGUGGGCUGCGCUCAAGACCCUGAUGGCGCAGUCUAUAUACGGCGGUCGUAUCGAUAAUGAAUUUGAUCAGCGUCUGUUGAUCACUUUCCUGGAUCGCAUCUUCACCACUAAAAGCUUUGAUAGUGAAUUCAAGCUGGCACUUAAAGUGGAUGGUCAUAAGGAUAUUAAAAUGCCUGAUGGUAUUCGACGUGAAGAGUUCAUGCACUGGGUGGAGAUGCUGCCAGAUACUCAGACUCCCUCGUGGCUGGGUUUGCCGAGCAACGCUGAGAAGGUUCUUCUCACCACUCAGGGCACAGACAUGAUGGGUAAGCUGCUGAAAAUGCAGAUGUUGGAGGAUGAGGACGACCUGGCUUACGAGACGGAGAAGAAACAGCGUACGCCGUCAUCCUCAGACGCCCAGCCGGCAUGGAUGAGGACGCUGCACAGUACUGCAUGCAACUGGCUCCAGCUGAUCCCACUGUCCGUCAGUCCACUCAAACGUACCGUGGAGAACAUCAAGGAUCCUUUGUUCCGGUUCUUCGAGAGAGAGGUAAAGAUGGGAGCUCGCAUGCUGCACGAUGUGCGUCAGGACCUCACGGACGUUGUUCAGGUUUGUGAGGGCAAAAAGAAGCAGACCAACGUCCUGCGCACUUUAAUCAACGACUUCGUUAAAGGAAUUCUGCCCCAGAGCUGGUGUCGUUACACCGUUCCUGCAUCCAUGACUGUGAUCCAGUGGGUGGCUGAUUUCAGCGACCGCAUCAAGCAGCUGCAGCAGAUCUCACAGGGAGCAGCCAGCGGGGGCGCUAAAGAGCUGAAGAAUAUCCACGUGAACCUGGGCAGCCUGUUUGUGCCAGAAGCCUACAUCACUGCAACCCGUCAGUAUGUAGCUCAAGCUAACAGCUGGUCUCUGGAGGAACUCGCUCUGGAGGUGAACGUCACCUCAGCACAGGGAGCAGCACUCGAUGCCUGCAGCUUCGGCAUCAAGGGUCUGAAGCUGCAGGGUGCCACAUGCACCAACAAUAAGCUCUCUCUGUCGUCUGCCAUCUCCACGGAGCUUCCUCUCACACAGCUGCGCUGGUUAAAGCAAAGCAAUUUGGAAAAGAGGAACAUGGUCACGCUGCCAGUUUACCUGAACUUCACCCGCACAGAUCUGAUCUUCACUGUGGACUUCGACAUCGCCAUGAAGGAGGACCCACACAACUUCUACGAGCGUGGUGUUGCCGUCCUCUGCACCGAGUAGAUUCCUGCUCAGCCCGAGUGCUGUUCCUGAGAAUUCCUAAUUAUCUCCUUUCUUUAUGGCUCGCUAGAGAAUUCCUACUGUGUGUGUGUGUGUCUGUGUGUGUCUGUGUGUGUCUGUGUGUGUCUGUGUGUGUCUGUGUGUGUGUCUGUGUGUGUGUGUGUGUGUGUGUGUGUGUGUGUGUGUGUGUGUCUGUGUGUGUGUGUGUGUGUGUCUGUCUGUGUGUGUGUGUGUGUGUGUGUGUGUGUGUGUGUGUGUGUGUGUGUGUGUGUGUGUGUGUGUGUGUGUAACUUUAACUUUGCAUUACAAAUGUAAUCAUUUAUCUUUAGAAAGUCAGAAACCAGUAGUCGAGUGGUUCAGUAGUCGAGUGGUUCAGUAGUCGAGUGGUUCAGUAGUCGAGUGGUUCAGUAGUCGAGUGGUUCAGUAGUCGAGUGGUUCAGUAGUCGAGUGGUUCACUCACUGAUGGAGAUGUUUUUAAAGAAAGAAGCUGUAUGUGUUUUAAGACGGAAUAAUGGAGGUUGAAUAAAAGUGCUGCAUGUCGUUUGGUCUUCAGAGGGAAUUCAGAUUAGGAAUAUUUGCUGGAGUUCAGAUUUCAGUCAGAGGAAGUGAGCUGUGAACAUCAUUAUAUUUCUGUAAACUCCUACUGUUCUAAAUAAAAAACCUAUCCUGA